CCCUCAGCCACACGAGUCCAGAGCGCGCCGGGCCGAGCAGCCCCUCGUUUCCCAGAACCGCUCCCCGCUCCCGUUCCCAGGCGCGGCUCUGACCCAGCGACAUCCCGCUCUCCCCAGGCCUUCCUGAGCACAGGCAGCUGCUUCCUGCCUCUACUUCCUGUCCUUGGUGGUGCAAGGCUAACCCCUCCUUCCACCAACCCCCCACCCCCCCCCACCCCGGCUCUCUCUCUCACACGCUCACACACACGCACAAACACCCUAACCCACACCCUCACCCCGCCUUCGCUGCUGCCGCCUGCCCGACAGCUCGCGCCUGGACUCUCCGAGUCCCCCCCCUUCUCCCCGGCGCGACUCAGCGCUAUGACCUCCAUGUCCAGCCUGUUCUCCUUCACCAGCCCGGCCGUCAAGCGGCUGCUGGGCUGGAAGCAGGGCGACGAGGAGGAGAAGUGGGCCGAGAAGGCGGUGGAUGCCCUGGUGAAGAAGCUGAAGAAGAAGAAGGGGGCCAUGGAGGACCUGGAGAAGGCCCUGAGCAGCCCCGGCCAGCCCAGCAAGUGCGUAACCAUCCCGCGCUCUCUGGACGGGCGGCUGCAGGUGUCCCACCGCAAGGGCCUCCCACACGUCAUCUACUGCCGAGUGUGGCGCUGGCCCGAUCUGCAGUCCCACCACGAGCUCAAGCCCCUGGAGGUGUGCGAGUACCCCUUUGGCUCCAAGCAGAAGGAGGUGUGCAUCAACCCCUACCAUUACAAGCGCGUGGAGAGCCCAGUGCUGCCUCCGGUCCUGGUGCCCCGCCACAGCGAGUUCAACCCCCAGCACAGCCUCCUGGUGCAGUUCCGCAACCUGAGCCACAACGAGCCGCACAUGCCCCUGAACGCCACCUUCCCCGAGUCCUUCCAGCAGCACAGUGGCGGUGGAGGGAGCGCCGGCUCCUUCCCCAUCUCCCCCAACUCACCCUACCCGCCAUCCCCGGCCAGCAGCGGCACCUACCCCAACUCCCCCGCCAGCUCGGGGCCCUCCAGCCCCUUCCAGCUGCCAGCUGACACCCCACCCCCAGCCUACAUGCCCCCUGAUGAGCAGAUGGGACAGGACAGCUCUCAGUCUAUGGAGACAGGGAGCAGCAUGGUACCCCAAAACAUGCCCAGAGGAGUGGAUGUGCAGCCAGUGGAGUACGAGGAACCCCUCCACUGGUGCUCCAUCGUUUACUACGAGCUCAAUAACCGCGUGGGAGAGGCCUACCACGCAUCAUCUACCAGCGUGCUGAUCGACGGCUUCACCGACCCCUCCAACAACAAGAACCGCUUCUGCCUGGGCCUGCUCUCCAAUGUCAACCGCAACUCCACCAUCGAAAACACUCGCCGCCACAUUGGCAAAGGAGUGCACCUGUACUACGUGGGUGGGGAGGUAUACGCGGAGUGCCUCAGCGACACCAGCAUCUUUGUCCAGAGCCGCAACUGCAACUAUCACCACGGUUUCCACCCCACCACCGUCUGCAAGAUCCCCAGCGGCUGCAGCCUCAAGAUCUUCAACAACCAGGAGUUCGCCCAGCUGCUGGCCCAGUCUGUCAACCACGGCUUUGAGGCCGUUUACGAGCUCACCAAGAUGUGCACCAUCCGCAUGAGCUUUGUCAAGGGCUGGGGCGCAGAAUAUCACCGACAAGAUGUCACUAGCACCCCCUGCUGGAUAGAGGUGCACCUGCAUGGCCCCCUCCAGUGGUUAGAUAAAGUUCUAACACAGAUGGGCUCUCCUCAGAAUCCCAUCUCCUCGGUUUCCUAAUGGUCGCUCCCUGAGGAGUCUGGCGCCUCUUUUUUAUUUUAUUUUUCACUUUCCUUUUUUUAAAUUUUACAAUGUUUGAUAAUGAGAAAAGGUGGUCUUUAAGGCUGAACUGUUUACACUACCUGCAGAAAGGGUGUCUAGCCCUGAAGCAGUCCGAAAGAUGUGUAGAAAGACUCUGUGGCUACGGUCAAAUCUUCUAGUUGAAAACUCAAAAGUUGUGGCACAAAAUGGAUGAACUACUGCAAAAGAAACCAAACAAACAAAAACCUUUGGAAACAGCCUGUUGUCACUUGCUGCAUCUUGUCAGAGUAGGACUCUUAUCAGAGAGCAGUUCACUUUUAAUUGUCUUUGUUUUUGCAUAAAUUGCUUUAAAAUAAUGCUUGUAUGAGCAACUUUUAUUCUUUCAGUAGAAUGUUGAGUAGGUAAGAGGAACUGAAAUAGUUUUUUCAUAUGUACCCCACCCUACACCAGCCAUGAACCUUUGUUUUGUUUUGUUUUUUAAUUCUGUAAGAACCUUUUACUUUGUAUUUUGUCUAAUACUAGUUAUUUCCAACUGAGGUGACAUUGUAAUUAUACAUUUACUGUUAGACCCAGAAUUCAAUACAAAGAUGUUCCUUUUUCGCACUCCUGUUGCAUUUAGACAGAACACUAAGUAAUGGCUUCCUUUGAAUAAAGUCCGUCUUAAACCUU